GGCGGCUGAGCUUUGGGUACCAUACGGACAGCUGAAACCAUUUAUUGUCAAGCCGCCUUUACAAAUGUUCCAGUAAAAAUGGCAUCAUCAGUCGCAACACCUGAAUCACUACCCAGCAGAGGGAAGAUCGGAAUCAUUGGAAGCGGUCUGAUUGGACGAAGCUGGACAUUGAUAUUCAUCAGUGCUGGAUACAAUGUCACAAUAUUUGAUAUUGAACAGUCCCAGCUUUCAAGUGCCUUGGUUGACAUUGACAAACAGCUGGUGGAACUCCAGAAAUCGGGACUGCUAAGAGGCACGCUGACCCCAGAACAACAGAAGGCACUUGUCAGCGUGACUAGUGACAUGAAGGAGGCAGUCACUGGCUCCCUGCAUAUACAGGAAUGCGUGCCUGAGAAUGAAGCCUUGAAGAAGAAAGUGUUCGCCGAGAUAGAGCAGUUUGCCAAUGAUGCGACUGUCCUCUGCAGCUCCACGUCCUGCAUUGUGCCUUCAAAAUUCACAGAGCAUCUCAAGCGACGUAGCCAGUGCAUCGUGGCUCACCCAGUCAAUCCACCUUACUACUGCCCUCUUGUUGAGAUUGUCCCUAGUCCAUGGACAGAGCAGUCUGUCAUCUCGCGCACACGCACCCUAUUGGAGGAGGUGGGCCAAGUACCAGUGACAGUGAAGAGGGAGGUCGAUGGGUUUGCACUCAAUCGACUGCAGUACGCCAUCAUCAACGAAGCCUGGAGGCUGGUUGCCGAUGGGGUGAUGUCACCCGAAGAUGUUGACAAAGUUUUCACUGCCGGAUUGGGAAUGCGUUAUGCAUUCUGCGGACCGUUUGAAGUCAUCCACCUAAAUGCAGAGGGCACUGCCAGCUAUCUGGAGCGUUAUGGCUCCACCAUAGAGCGCGUAACAUCAACGUUCGGGCCAUCACCGACAUUCACCGGACAGGCGUACAAUGCUGUUGUGAGUGAUAGUAACGCACACUAUCCUCUGGACAAGCUGCAGGAGAUCCGUCAAUGGCGCGAUGCCAGGCUUGUGGCGUUGGCCAAAUUAAAAAAGGACUUGGAGCCUCAAAAACCUCUACAAUAUCUACACUGUGCUUCAGGAAAAUGAUAAGCGCCAUUAGACAUGUGAAUAUUGUCAUUUUGAGGAUUGGUGUUUAAAGCAAUGAUUUCAUGUCACAGUUGAAACAAUUUCUGCAGCUGAAGUAAUGAAAGAUGAGCAGUGCUCUGAUUCUUAAUAAAUUUGAUUACCUCUAUAUGCCCCUAUACUUUGAAACUUGAUCAGCAAUGGCACCCUGCAGAAUAUUCAGUCAAAAGUUCCAUUUUAAAUGUAGAAUUUUCAAAUUUGAAUAAGUUAAAUAAACGUGAUUGGAUAUGAUAUAUAUUUUUAAAUGUUUACAAUUGAAUCUGAAUUUUCAGUUUGCACAAGUUAUGCAAAAGUUAUUCAAAAUUAAACACAAACAAUAAAGUUUUUGUUGAUUUCUUUCAAUAUGAAUAUUUUUAUGAAUAAUCAAGACAUUUGAUCUAUAUUUCUUAUAAAUUAUAUAAUCCUGCCAAACCAGCUAGUGGCUCAUAGAAAUUAAAGUUUCCCAGGAAUUACCACAGAUCACACCACAAAA